CUGAAGAUGUACGACUACACGUGCGACAUCAAGCUGAUCGUCGGCAGUGACACGUUCAAAGCCCACAAAGACGUCCUCGCAAAAUCAAGUGACUACUUUCUUGCCAUGUUCUCCCACAACAUGCAGGAGAAGCAGAUGGAUGUCCUGGAAUUGAAGGAAAUCAGCUCUCUCGGUUUCUCGGCCAUGAUUGAAUAUUUCUACCAUGGCUAUAUAACGAUUGAUCAUAUUACAAUCAAUGGUAUCUUGGAGGCUGCAAGAUUUUUUCACAUUGAUUGGCUAAUUCAUGUCUGUAGACAUUACAUGAUUCAUUAUUUAAGCAUCUUAAAUUAUGAAAAUGUUAUCAACUUAGCUGACGUUUUUUGCAUGGAUGUUGCUUCUAUUAAACACGAGAUAUUGCUUUUUUUUUCAAGCAGUUUUAUUCCUCUGUCAAUGAAGUCUGAUACUUUUAAAAUGUCAUCAACCAUACUUACAGAACUGAUGGAUGGUACUUACUAUAUUGAGGCAGAUGAAAAAACUAUUUUUGAUUUUUUACGAAAAUGGAUUUGCUACGACUUACCACAGAGAGAAGGUUUUAAACUUCGCCUUUUAAAAUCAGUGAAAUAUCACUUAUUUGAUUUGGAUGAUCUUGAAAAUAUUGACGAAAGU